GUGCAAAGAUGGAUUGAAAGGAUUUACAUACUCUGCGCUGAAGUUUAUUGUAGGGAGAGAAGAAAUCCCCACUCAUUCAUUUUCACCUGAAGCAGUGUUUUCAAAAGUGGAUAGAAAGAUAAAGCGUUGUGAAAAAGUAUCACAGCCAAUGAACAUACUGGCUAUAACAAAAAAGCUUAUGGACAAAAUGUGCGAACAUGGCCCAAGGCAUAGAUGCUGUAAACACUAUGGAGAUAAUUGCAUCUCAUAUUGUAUUAAAGGCUUCGUUAGGAUGUUUAGCAUCGGUUACCUGAUCCAGUGUUGCCUUCGGAUUCCAUCCACCUUCCGGCAUCUGUUUACAGAACCAUCCCGGCUACUUUCCCUCUUCUACAACAAGGAGAAUUUCCAGCUUGGAGCUUUUCUGGGAUCUUUCGUUAGUAUAUACAAAGGCACAAGUUGCUUCCUGCGCUGGGUGCGGAACCUCGACGAUGAGCUUCAUGCACUUGUAGCUGGAUGUCUCGCAGGAAUUUCCAUGAUGUUUUACAAAAGUACCACUAUCUCUAUGUAUCUGGUGUCCAAAUUAGUAGAGACUAUAUACUUCAAAGGCAUUGAAGCAGGAAAGGUUCCCUAUUUUCCUCAUGCAGACAGCAUCAUCUAUGCCAUUUCUACAUCAAUAUGCUUUCAGGCAGCUGUCAUGGAAGUUCAGAACCUGAGACCUUCAUACUGGAAAUUUCUUUUGCGACUAACAAAGGGCAGGUUUGCUCUCAUGAACAGGAAAGUUUUAGAUGUAUUUGGUACUGAAGCAUCCAAGAACUUCAAGGAUUUCACACCUAAGCUUGACCCAAGAUACACAGUUGUACCACCAGAGCUACCGCUAGAGCUGUCUUGAAAACAAUCGGUUAUCUUGCCAUUGAAUGUGAUCCGCCCUUUGUCCUGAAAGGUUAAUAAACUUAACAGUCGUGUAUAUGGAGGAGGGCUUGGGCUCCACUUCAGUAUUAUUUCAAUGAGAAAUGCUUUUUCCCAAUCAAAAAUACUGAAGCUUUGCAGGAAGGUGCGGCUUAGUGAUUAAGUCCCUUCCGCACACAGAAAAUAUUUCUGGAUUACUGUAGUUGGCUGACAGUACAGUAGAUUCCUGAAUGAAUUAGACAAAUGAGUAAUAUAUUUAGAGACGUGAAACAUAAAUAUGCGUAAUAAUUUCAAAAAUUCUGUAGUUCAUACCAGUAGAAUUUUUCUUGGUAAGACUAAAAGUAAUUUUUAAUUUACACAGGAAGGCAAAUGGCAUAGUUUAGGUCCCAAAUUUUGCCUGAUCUUAAAACCGUUGCAAUCAGGUGAAAAUGCCUCCUUGGCUUUCUAAAUUGCGUCACUGAUUCAUCUCAGAAGAGACACCACCCACUCAUUAUUUAAAAUAAGAGUGUUUUUACACGGCUUCGGUUGCAAAAACGGGGCAUUCCUU